UAGAAAUGGCCCAAAAGUUUAAUUGAAGAUUCAUGUCUGAUUGAGAUUGAGGCAGAUACAGUUAAUCAUACAUCUCAUCAAUCUGAAACCAUUGGAUCCUCCCAUUAUUCCAUGUCUAAUUGCUAUUGAAGUUGUAAAUUAUGAAAACAAUAUAAUAGCCAUAGAGGUCUGCAUGCAGGCUCCGAUCCCCCUCACAUGCCAUCAUGAAAUGCUAAUCGAUCUCACAUAUCAUUCUUCUCAUCAGAUCUAUCUGAUAAUAUAAUCUGUUUUGAUUUGUGUCAUCAAUCAGAAUAGAAUCCGGCCGGGCCGGGAAUGGAAUUCUUCAAGAAAGCAAAAUCGGUGAGGCUAAGGAGCCAUCACGACAAAUACCUAAUAGCGGAUUCAGAUCAGCAAUCGGUGUUCCAAGACCGAAGCGGCACGCACAGGGCGGCCAAAUGGACAGUGGAAUUCGUGGAAGGAUUCGACACUGUGAUACGCCUAAAGAGUUUCUACGGAAAAUACCUUACCGCCAUGGACGAGCAAUAUCUCCUGGGCGUCACGGGAAGACGAGUCCGUCAAACAACGCCUAAGAAAUUAACUUCAAUUCUGGAAUGGGAGCCCAUCAAAGAAGGGCAAAAGGGAGUGAAGCUGAAAACCAGGUACGGCAAUUAUCUGCGCGCCAAUGGAGGGUUACCCCCUUGGAGAAAUUCAAUCACACACGACAUUCCUCAUCGCCAUCAGAACUGGAUUCUAUGGGAAGUUGAUUGCAUUGAGACUCUGCCUGAUUCCCCUAAGAAGGUGCCGCGAUCGGAGGACGGCGACGAUGAUUUCAACGAAUUCCGUCUUUCGUCGUCGUCGUCUUUGGUCAGAUCGGCGAGUGAAUCGUUCGUUUCGUCGAACCGUGGCCGGGUAAUCUAUUACUAUGUCGCCGACGAUAGGGGGAAGGUUGAUUAUGCGGUUGAAGGCCAAUCGUUCCAAUUUAAAGGGCAUUGUUUAGAACAAUUGACUGAGAAGUUGGAGGAAUUGACAGGGCUUGAGAGUAUCAUCGUGUGCCUGCGCAAUCCCUUCACUGGCAAGUUUACCCCCCUGCGACUCGCGCUUCCCCCAAACAAUGCAACCCUGCAAGUUGUGGUAGUUCCACCUACAUCUAGAGCCGCAAGAGAAUUUAUGCCAGAAUCUGCGCUACGUUGACAGUGUGCUCCAUGUAUAUAUCAUUAUCUAUAUGUAUUCCACCACAAAG